GCACAUUCGUGAUUCACACGCUCGAUUCGUAUUCGUGAUUGGGGUCCUGCCAUCCUUCCACGUCUACGCGAACACUCUGACUGUGACUCGCGGGUGCGCGAGUCAGAACAAGCUCUACAGCAGGCAUUUCAAGCGCUCGUCCUCACACGGCGGCAUCGCUCUCGACAAGAGCAGCGCAUCUGCCGACGCUAGACACCAGCAACGAUGCCGGGCAAGCGCUACUUUGACGAGUCCGCUGGCGAUGCCAGCACGAGCGCAUCGAUGGCCGCUGCAGCAGCGGAAGUGAGCGCUCUAGAAGCAGCUUCUUCAAUUCCCGCGAGCGCAUCUCAUCAAGCUUCGGCAACGCGAGCACGCGCCACGCUCUUCGUCUCUCGUCUUCCUUUCAGCGCCACCUCUACAGACCUAUCGACUUUCUUCAGCGAUGUCGGACCUCUCCGAAGGGCAUUUGUGGUGACGGAUAAGCAAAAAGGUUCUUCCAAAGGUGUUGGGUACGUCACUUUUGCGGAUGCCAAGGAUGCGCAAAGGGCGCUGGAAGAGAUGCAGGGCAAGACGUUGGAUGGUGGUAAAGGCAGCAAGUCGAGGAAGAUUGAAAUCGUUUGGGCGGAUGAGAAACCUACGCUCAAAGAGAGGAAGAUGGGAAAGAAGAGCUCUGCUGCUGCUGUCGUCGAAGAUGGGAAGACGGAUGGAGCAGCUGUCGCUGCUGCGCAAGAUGCGACGGAUCAGACUUCCGAACGACCAGCGAGCAAGAAACGCAAAGUGUCAGCAGAAAAUGGCGCUACUUUGGCUUCCGAGGCGGACGCUACGCGCACAGUCAUCAUCAGCGGUCUGUCGGCGUGCGACAGCACAUGCAGCGACAAGACGCUGUACAAGCGAUGCCGAAAGAUCGGACCCGUGGAAAGGGUCAUCUACCCAGCCGUUGAUCCUCUGGCGUUGAGCGCGCAGACAGGCGGAAAUAACGAGGUGCAAGCCUCGGCAGAUGUUGCGCAUGCCAUCUUUGCAACUCCCAAUCAUGCCGCUCUGGCAGUGGAGAAGCUGGACUCGCACGUCUUCAAGGGUGCACCUCUUUCAGUCGUGCUCAAAAAGAAGGCAGAAGCGGCUGCUCGAUUGGAAGCGCACAUGAAGCCAGAAACGAAGCUGAAGCGACAAGCUCUGAUGGAUAGGCUGUUGAACGCUGCUCGAAUCGAAGCAAAGGCGGUCGGUCGAGCGUUGACCUUUCAAGAAAAGAUGGGCCAUGUGGGCAAAGAGAGCAGAUUAAUCCUCAGGAACUUGCCCUUUGAUAUCAGAGCGGAGGAUCUCAGAGCUACGUUUGCCGCUUUUGGGCCCGUCUAUGGCAUCGAUUUGCCUCAAUUGGCCGCCGAGCCCAAGAUUGCCGCGGGCGACGAGGGAGAGGCAGACUCAAAGAUGGAGGUGGAUAGCGAAAAGGACGAAGCUGCUGAGGUGCCAAAAAAGAUAAGAGGACGCGGAUUCGGUUUCGUCUGGAUGGUGCAUCGACGCGAUGCGGAAAAGGCUCUGUCUGGCAUCAAUGGCAAGUCGCUCCAGCGCGGCCUUGCCGAGAAGGCGCAGCUGAAGGCUGCUACGGGCAAGAGGGAGAGAGAAGCUGCGAAGGCUGCAUUGGAACAGACUAGCGCAGAAGCUCAGGCGGAGAGAGUGGUGGCGGUGGAUUGGGCGCUCGAGAGAUCCGAGUGGGAAGCUAGAGCGGAAGAAACGGACGUGGAGACGGAUGCGGAAAAUGAGCAGGAUGGUGAAAGCGAAAAGGAUGGCGAGGAGGAGACCGAUGAGGGAGACACUGAUCUGGAGCCUAUUCCCUUGGAUGAAGAGGAUGACGAAAGCGACCCGAACUCGUCGCAGGGCGAAGAAGAGGAAGAUUUGGAACAUGCAGAAGGCGAGGCAGCUGGGAAACCGACCUUGCCCACGCCCGAUCAGGGAUGCACCCUCUUUCUUCGCAAUCUGCCCUAUCAAGCGACAGAGGAUGAGCUGAAGGAUCUUUUCCGACACUUUGGACCAUUGAGAUACGCGCGCAUCGUCAUGGACAAGGCGACGCAACGCAGUCGAGGAACAGCCUUUGUCUGCUUUUGGCAGACGGAAUCCGCGGAUGCCGCGCUUCGACGUGCUCAGCUGGUCGAGACGGAGUCCGGCACAGGUCAACAAGUGCGCGCACCUCAAGCUGCGGGCGCCAAAAAUCCCUUCUCGGCUCCUUCGGUGCUGACUGCGGACGCUUCGGCACCUCUUACCGCCUCGCUUAGCCUGCAUGGAAGAGUGCUUUCCGUCGUGUCGGCUGUGGCGAGGGAGGAAGCUAGCAGUUUGGAAGCGAGCGCUAGAGCGGCUAGGGAGAGGAGCGACAAGAGGAACACGCACCUGAUGAGAGAAGGCGUACCCUUUCCAAACAGCGAGCUGAGCAGGCUGAUGAGCGAAUCAGAGAGGGAAAAGAGGUUGAACAACUUCGGCAUAAGGAAAGCUCAGCUAGGAGCGAAUCCGGCGCUCUACAUCAGCAAGACGAGACUGAGCGUCAGACAGCUUCCGCUCUACGUCUCUGAUCGGACGCUCAAAAGAUUGGCGCUGCACGCUGUGAGAUCGUUUGAUCAGGAAGUCAAGGAGGGCAAGAGGCCGGAUCUGACAAGGGAUGAAAAGGAAGACAAGACGCUGAGCGCUGCGAUUGUCGGAGCGGACGGCAAGAUCCAGACACGGAGAGGGGAGAGAUUGACGGCGGUGGUUCAGACCAAGGUGAUUCGACAGAUGGAUAGAUUGGAUCCCAUCACUGGCAAGGGGAGAAGUCGAGGGUAUGGGUUUGUGGAGAUGAGGAGCCUGGUCGAUGCGCUCAAGGCUGUGAGGUGGAUCAAUGCUACCAAGGUCUCCCAGCUGCUUCACGAAUGGCUGGUCGGCGAGCUGGAAGAUCUUGUCAAGCUGCUGAACAAGACUGGAGAGAAGGAUGCGGACAAAAGCGACGCGACGAAGACGGAGAGGGAAACGCGAAUCAAACGAAUCAGGCAGAGGAUGGAAGAGCUGAAAGAUGCGAAGAGGGCUAAAGCGGAAAGAGGAGGCUUGAUCUUGGCCGAAUUUGCGGUGGAGAAUAGCGCGGUGACAAAGAAGAGGAGGGAGAGGAACGAAUCUGCCAAGCAAAAGGACGGAGACAGAAAGAGAAAGGAACGCUCAACGGACGAUGAGCGCGACACUUUCAGCUCGGACAGACGGGGCGCGUCGAGCAGGGAAAGAGGCAGGGGAGGGGGAGCAGGAGGAGGAGCAGGGCCUAGCCGAGCAGACUUUUCGGCAGCGCGGCGUGGAAAGACGGAGGAGAAGGGCAAGCGCUCGCCACGCUUUAAUCAGAGCACGCGCAAGAAUUUCGUCGGCGGCGCUGCUGCUGGUGCUGCUGCUGAUAGGCCCGCCGCCGCCGCCGCCGCCGACGGCAAAGAUUCGACGACGAGGGAGAGUGCGAAUGGCGCACCUUUGAGCGGCGCUUCCAAGGAUGGCAAAAGUUGGGUAGGAGGAGCUAUUGGCAAGGCGAGAGCGCUGAGAAAGAGAAAGAGAGGCGCGGCUUAGUAGUCCCCCCUCCGCCCGCCGGCUGUGCAGUGCACUUGGAGAGUCAGUGUGCAGCUGGGUGCAACUUGCUGAGGUCGUUCACUUGCAUGCCAUGCUCCCUUUGCUUGCGCAUCGAAUCGUUUUGAGGUUUUGCCUCGCCCGCCCGCAAUCUCGUGCUGCAUCGAUUGGGAUCAUGUGCUUCAUUCAAGCUUGAUUGGCUCUUGCUUCUUCCUUUUUU